GCCCUGGGCGGCUGGUGGGCGUCUGUGGGACCGGCACUGAGCCUCUCCAGGUACUUGCAGGUGUGAAGGAGGACUCGUUCAACGUGCUGGAUCUGGCGGAGUACACCAAGAACCAGCCCUGGUGGCGCAAGGUCUUCGCCCCCAGCUCGGGGUCAAGCGCUGAGAAGUACAACGUGGCCACGCAGCUGGUGAUCGGAGGGGUCACAGGAUGGUGUACUGGAUUCAUCUUCCAGAAAGUUGGAAAGCUGGCAGCGACAGCGGUGGGAGGUGGCUUUUUCCUACUUCAGAUUGCAAACCACACGGGAUACAUCAAAGUGGACUGGAAGCUAGUAGAACGGGACAUGAACAAAGCCAAGCAGCAGCUGAAAUUUCACAGCAGUGGUAACAAAAUGUCUCCAAAAGUGAAAAGCAGAGUGGAUGAGGUGAUCAUAUUUCUGAAGAAGAAUGUUAUCCUGACUGGAGGGUUUGCUGGCGGAUUCCUGCUCGGAAUGGCGUCCUAGAAACUGUGCUUAACUCUCCCAGCCUCCCCUGUCCUCCGCUACUUUCACUUAGAAGUCAAAGGAUGUUGCUGACAGACUCAGUCCCUUCUGCCUACAGGUUCCAGCCUUUAUUUCUUACAGUGCUGCUUCUGAUUUCCAACUUUUUCCUCUUGUCUGGGCUGUUAGGGUGCUGGGAUCAGUCUGAAAGCUUAUGAAUCCCAGUGUAUCAUGACUACUUUCCCCACUCACCAAAUAUGCCCAGUCCCAAAUUUUCUGAUGAGUUGCAGCCUCAUAAACAUGUAGUAGCAGAGGCAUCUCUUAAAUGCGCUUCUUCCCAGGUGCUCAGGGCUAUUACAUGUACAUUUGUCUGCCAGCAUAUUUGUACAAC